AUCUUAAAUGGUUCCAGUUGCUGAUCUGUUGGUCUUACAAGAUAAUUGGAUAAUAGCCAUUGCUCCACCCGUUUGUGUUUGAUAUGCACAAGUAUUAUCCUUCCGUUUCGUUUGUAGAAAGGGCUUAGAUAAUUUGAUAAACAGAAAUGCCAGACCUAGCGGUUUCUAAUGAUACCGAGAUCAUCGCGAAAGUCCACUAAACAGCAGAGAUAUUGAUGAAUUUCAAAGUUCACGCUUAUGGUGAACAGACAGUAGUACAGCUGCAGGUUGCAACAUUUGAUGUGCAUGACGUCACACGACAUCCGCGUAUUUACACGAGAUCGAUCCUCAGCAUCCGAGGUCAUAUCUAGAGCACGUGGAUGGUCCACCUGCACAGGAACCAAUGAGAGCUAGAGAAUCUGAGACCGCGUCGUCGAUAUCAAUCUUGCUAUCCAACAUUGAUGUGCACACGUCUUGACUGCAAGCCGAGUCGGUUGAUCAGUCAACAGUCGAAAUCGAUGGAUCUUGGCAAGUCUGCUUCAAUUCGGAUUGCCCUUCGCAUUUUUGCUCUCGUAGCUGGUGCAGUUGUUAUCGGUUGCAUUGCUGGCAAGCUACUUUAUGACUUUUCAGCCUAUGAUCCAUACAGCGGACGCCAAGUAACCAAGAAAGUUUGCGUAUUCCACUUGGAGGAAAUCGCGACAACUCAGGAAUUCAAGAAGAUCGCUUGUGAACUUGGCAUAGCUAGUGGCGCAGCGGCUGUGUUGCUAGCCGUCGUUUUCUGUGUGCUUGACUACAUGGUGGCUAAUCAAGCAGGAAGCGAAGUGUCAACUCGCAAUCGUCGGUUCGCUACCAUAGUAGGCAGCGUGCUGGCCAUAAUUAUGGCACUCGUCUGGGCUACUUGCUUCGGUUACUUGACUAAACUCUGGAUUGAUUCCAAAGGCUAUGAUUGGCCAGAUGAGUACAAGAUUCCAGGGCAAGCAACCCUAGCUUUCAGUUCCCUGUCUAUUAUCACAUGGAUUAUUGUUGCCGUUCUUGGCUUUACCAAUCUAGGAAGAAUCGAAGUCCCCAGGCACCAUCGACUCAUUACAAGCUGAACGUGCAAGAAACAGAAACUGCAGCAUGCUUUUCGCAACUCGCUCGUUUAUUAGUGCGUGUCUGUCGCUUGCUACUUGUUUUGCGUUAGUCAUGCUGGUGUAGCACACUUCUAGCCUCAAUGUCAUGCUAGUGAAUUGCUAUCUGUAA